AUGGCAGCAUACUUCCUGCCUUCCUACUUCCAGAAGCGCCUGCUUAGAUAUGCACUUAGCCGCCUCGACUUUAUCGAUAGUACUGCCCUCGAUCUCGACAAUCUUGGAUUUACCAUAGGUCAACGUUCAGUCAUUGAGCUCAGGAAUGUUGGAAUCAAGGUAUCAAAGCUGCUAGAUAGGGUCGACUUACCCAGCAAUUUCCAACCUAAACACGCCUCAAUUCGAGUCCUGCGAAUUACCAUUCCAGCCGAUCUUCAUGUCAGUGGUAUAGAAGUUGAAGUGGACAGAAUCAAUUUUGUGGUUGAGACAGACCAGACAAAGCCACCAGAGGACAAGAGACAAACAGGAACAGGCAAAGGAGCAGGGAGGGUACCAAGUCACAAAGAUAUAGCCAACCGACCACGGAUAGCUUCGACGACUCUACACGAUCCAGGCGGAAACCGCUCACUUCGAAGCCAUGCAGACCCUGAGUCGUUGCAUUUUAUACCCGCACCUGAAGACCUUGCUGCGUCUUUCCUCGAGGCUGAGCCUGAGCAAGGUAGGCAAGAACUACAAGCUGCUGUGGCUUCCAGAUCACUUCAUUUACAGCAGUCGUACUCUACACUUGAAUCUUCUACCUCAGUUUCAGAUCAUGGCAUGGGCAAUCCAGAAGGCUUCUCCUUGCCAGGAUUCGUGACAAACUUCUUUGCUGGUAUUGCUGAUCGUCUGUCUAUCUCGAUCAAGAACGUUACCGUCAGGUUAUCUAUUCCGAUCACAAACGGUUCGUCGAUACCUGACCCUCAGGAAUUCGUACUGGAGGUGGACAGUGUUGAGUUACCAGGCGCUGAUGCUGGAUCUGGUGUUCCUGCUGAUACCAAUCUUCGACGCCAUAUUCGCAUCCUCGGUGUCAGAUUCUAUGCGGUGAUCGACGACGACUUUCUAUCACAGAAGUCCUCAACCAAUUCUCCUGAGUUGAGCAAAAGCCGGUCAACAGUCUCCACGUCCUCGAAUCUCUCCACCAAACAGGAUCCUCAUGCUAGAGGUCUCAAUUCAUCCUCGAGCAGUUCAUCGGCUUCCUACGACGAUGCUCAUCUCGAGUUAGGCAUACACGAAUCUAUGCUGGAGGAAUCGCAGCUGUUCGAAUCAACCCUAGAUCGCUCACGUGGCGUUUCCUCUAUCGGUGUUGUCCACUCCUCAAGAUCAUCACCAGGCAGCAGUCACGACGAUAUUAAUCCACCCACAUCAUUCUCUCAACGAUCCCACAGCUCUGACUCUAUACCUGAUGAUCUGGCUCAGUCGACUGUUUUUAGUCAUCAUGAGGCAGAAAGUAUGUUCAUGAGCGCCAUGAGCCAUGUAAACUCGCCAUCCACAAGGAUGCCCGGUGGUUUCAACCACUUUGAGGACACAAGUAUGAGUGCUACACCAAGGCAGAGCGCAACGGGCCCGCGUACACCACGAGCGAUUGCUCGCUCAACUGAGAGCACGGCUCUCCCGCCAGUCAGCAGGUCCUCGACUGUCUUCCCAGUGGCCAACAUGGCUCCUCCUAGACAAGCCCUGACACGAUCCACUGAGCCUUUGAGGUCAGAGCAAUGUACCAAACGUCUUUUCUACAUUGACGAGAUGACCCUAAGUGCUCCAGCCAAGCAAACGAUCCCUCAAGAUAAGGAGUAUAUGCAGAGUUCCAGCUACGAAACGACUCGUGGUACCGCAGGCAGAACGCUAUCUACGCAUGCAUCUCAUGCUCGCAUUCCAUCUGACCAAAGUGUUUAUGAAAUACCAAAAGAGCAGUCAGUAAAGUUCGAGGAGGACAAAAGCUAUCAAAUCGCUGUGGGCAACAUCGAUCUGUCCAUAGACAUGUCUUUGUGCCAUAUUCUACUCAAGUCCGCUAGUCACCUCUCUUCUACUCUCAAGUCAUCAGACAAUGGGGGACAGUCUUCUUCGACGAAGAAGCCCGUGGAUACUCAGCUGCACCUCUCUGUCGGAUCCUUGGUUCUCAACGUGAUGGGGAACGUUCUCCAUGAUCAGGGACUAGUUGAACAACACGCACCGACCGAAUCAACCUUUUCAGUAUUUGAGGCCGAAGCUUCUUUGUUGCAGCUACAGCUUUUGAAGGUUCAGAUGUACAUGGCCACGCGUGGUGGGGUGCCCGACCAGAAGCUGACUGUCAAUCGACUUGGACUAUACAAAGGACAAGACAAAAUAAUAUCGUUCUUCGAUGCAUCUAAUCUACAGGAGUCGGUACUCGCACCUAGUGUUCUGCUGGAGCCAGAUGACCUGGUUUAUCGUCAGCUCGGUAACAGAGUAGACAUAACAACCAAGCCACUUCAUAUCAAACUGGAUCUGCUUAUGCUUGACGAGGUCUUGAGCCGUAGUGGUGGACUUAGCUCUUUGCUAGAUCUUGGGAACUCGGUUGCAUCAGCAAGCACAAUGAAAGAACAGAAGCCAUCGACCACUUCCAAGCUAACACGGCGUCGAAGUGUAUAUUUCGACGAUCCAAUGAACCGAGCUCGGCCUAGUGAUGAAGACGACAAGGGGUUGAAGUUAAAUACCCGUAUUUCCGCCUCAAUUUUCGAUCUUGUGGGUUCACAGAGCUCUUUACAGAUCAAAAGUUCAGCCAUCAAGCUUGUUUACCGUCCAGCUAGGUUAAGGACUAACAUCUCAUCUGUUUCGAUUCGGGGACCGAUCGUGCACAGAACGGUCACAACAGAUAUCUUAAAUCUGAAACUCGGCGAUCUUAAGCUUCAUCACAUCGAGAGUCCUGAGGAAGAGGACUUGGAUAGGCUGCUCCAAUUGUUAGCACCAUCUAGCAAGCGUCAAGGCCAGGAUGACGAUAUUAUGGUCGACACUCUCCUACGACAGAGACGAAAAGGUAGCGUUCUGCGACUUUCGGUCCAAGACGUUCAGGCCACGGCUGACGGUGUUGUUUGGAUUCAGCGAUUGAGCAGGUUGGGCGACGAAAUCUCCAAGCUCUCCUCUGUCACCAAAUAUCUGCCGGAAGACGAUCGCCCAGGAAUAUUGAUUUUCGGGUUGGUCAGCAAGCUCACGGCUCGUGUGGAGGUAGACAGACAAUUUGGUCCCUUGCUAUUAAAAGGUAACUUGCUGGAGGGCGCGCUUAUUUCUGUGCCUUCCCUCAUGGCCGCUCAGAUCUCGAGUAUCACUCUCAACCGCGAUCAGAAAGAAUCUCUGAUCCGUGAAUUGAUUCCAAACAUACAAGAAAGCACGAUCAUGGGCUCACCUAUGCUCUUAUGUCGAUUCAUCCCCGAUGAGAUGGAGCCAACGAUCAAGCUGCAGCUAUCCAAUGCCUGUUUCGAGUAUAGUGUACCUCUAUCGUUGGCGUUCACUCAGCUCGUGGAGGCCUUAAAGGCAGAGUUUGAAAUUAACCCCAACGCAUCUUCGCCUCGAGCGAGUGAAGUCUCUUCCAGGUCAAUCGAAGCUCCUGAACUAGCUCGGAAGAUCAAAUUGUCUCUGGCCCUCAAUAGCUCGGCGAUUUCGCUACGACCACUUGACUCCCCAGCUUGUGGAAUCUUCUUGUUCAGCGAUGCUGUCGUCAGUCAUAGCGCCAGACACAACACUACUUUGGCAAAUAUUGAGAUCCGAAAAGCUUCGAUCAUGAUUGUUGACGAUGUCGCAAGGAUUGGCAAGGAAGACAGCGGCCUCGAUUCAAGACUUUAUUUCGAUCGUAGCGGUCAAGUACAAGAGCUCAUCAAGUCAGGCUUUGUGCCGGUAGGCUCCAUUUCUGCUGCGUCAGCAGAUGUAAAGAUUACCGAGGAACGGUUGAGUAAGAAGCAGUUCGUUGACGUCGAAUUCCGCAACAGCCUCCUGUUCCUGGAAACUUGUGCAGAUUCAACACAAACACUGACCCAAAUAUUGAGUAAUCUCAUGGCUCCUACCCCACCAUCGAAGGCUGAAAAGUACAGAACAGAGGUGGUGCCUGUCGAAGACAUGUUGGCUUCUUGGACAGGGAACGUAUUUGUUGCCGAGCAAGGGCCCGAAUUGGGCUUACAAGUCGACGAAGGCGACACGACUCCUACCCCAUCGACGAUCCUUGCCCCUGAAGCUCAAAGCGAGCUUAAUCAGGUUUUGAAUGAUGAUUCGAUCGACGAGGAUGAAGAGGAGAAUUUUCAGAAUGACCUAUAUGUGGACCAGAGUACAUACCUCGAACAAGAUGAGAUGUCGGAGAGCUCUGUAAUGUCAGAAUCCACGCAUUCCUCUGUAGGCGGUGGUUCUGUCCAUAUCGCUCCUGUGAACGUCAGUGCAAGUGCCGAGCCGCCAGUCAGCAAUAUUACGGUCAACAGCCUCAUCGAUUUCCGUGCAGGUCACUUUGUGCAAAACUCUUCAGUCGGUGGUACGGCUCAUCGUUGGAAUUCCUCGCAGAACACAUACGGCAUGGGAAGUGAGGCAAGUGUACGACAGUCCCCAGUAAAAGUGAGGAUCAGAGAUGUCCACAUAAUUUGGAACCUGUUCGACGGGUAUGAUUGGCAGAAUACACGAGAUGCAAUCACCCAAGCUGUCCGUGAAGUUGAGGACAAAGCUCUAGCGAAGCAGCGACGACGCGACAUUCAUCGUUCACCUGCGCUGGACGAGGAUGAUGAAUCAGUAGUUGGUGAUGUACUCUUCAAUUCGAUCUAUAUCAGUAUUCCAACAAAUCGCGAUCCUCGAGACCUUGCGAAUGCCAUCAAUAUGGAUGUGGGAGAUGUUGCAAGCGAGACUGGCAGCUAUGCGACAAGCACUACAAUUACGGCGGCCACUAGCAAACGUCACUCAGGCACACGACCUAGGCAAAAGAAGCUCAAACUAAGUCGGAGCAGGUCGCACAAAAUUACUUUCGAACUUGAAGGUCUCGCAGCAGAUUUCAUUACCUUCCCACCUGGUUCUGGUGAAGUUGAAAGCUCUGUCGAUAUCCGUGUGAACAAUGUUGUGGUUUUUGACCACGUUCCUACGUCGACAUGGAAAAAGUUUGCGACAUACGAUUACGAAGCUGGCGAACGCGAGGUGGGCACGGACAUGGUUCAUGUCGAGCUGCUGAACGUCAAACCGGUAGCCGACUUAGCUGCUUCAGAAAUGGUUGUGAAAAUCACAGUCCUUCCGCUACGAUUACAUGUCGAUCAGGAUGCUCUUGACUUCAUGACUCGUUUCUUUGAGUUCAAGGACGAUAGAAUCGCCCCUUCGGGUACGCCAUCCAAUCCACCAUUUAUUCAACGAGCCGAAGUGAACCCUAUCAAGUUACGGCUAGACUUCAAACCGAAGCGGGUUGAUUAUGCUGGACUGAAGUCGGGCAAACUGACCGAAUUCAUGAAUUUUAUCAUCCUCGAGCGGUCCGACAUGGUGCUGCGGCGAGUCAUUCUCUAUGGGGUAUCAGGUUUUGAUCGACUUGGUAUCAUGCUCAACAACAUCUGGACACCUGAUGUCAGGAACAAUCAGUUACCAGGAGUGCUUGCAGGCCUGGCGCCAGUCCGCUCACUAGUAGAUGUCGGAGUUGGCGUCAGAGACCUCAUUGCAGUGCCAAUUCGAGAGUACAAGAAAGACGGCAGGAUAGUGCGCAGCAUUCAAAAAGGCGCGAUUGCGUUUGCAAAGACCACUACAACUGAGCUUGUUAAUCUAGGUGCAAAGUUGGCUAUCGGCACUCAAACAGUGCUGCAAAGCGCAGAGGGUGCACUCGUACCUCAACCCAAACAGCAUUUAGCCCAUACGUCCGACUCAGAGGAGGAGGAACACCAAAUUUCACACUACGCUGAUCAACCACUCGGCAUAAUUCAGGGUCUCAGAGGGGCAUACGCAAGUCUUGAGCGAGACCUUUUGCUCGCGAAAGAUGCCAUCGUUGCUGUUCCAGGCGAGAUCAUGGCUGAGGGAAGUGCUACAGGAGCUGCAAAGGUUAUGCUUAAGCAAAGCCCAACAAUUGUUUUGAGACCUGCUAUUGGUGUUACUAAAGCAAUGGGUCAAGCACUCUUGGGUGCUGGUAAUACUCUCGACAAAGGGAAGAGGAGGAGGAUGGAAGAUAAGUACAAGAGAUACUGA